CACUACUACUCUAUAAUAAAUAGUGUUUUCAACUUCAUCUUUCAUAAUAGUUAAAACACUCAACUAGAAUCUAUUUUUUUUUUUCCAUUUCCUUCUCUUCCCUCUAAAGAUAACAUGGCGGCCAUUCCGUUAACAACAACAUUUACCCCCCCGACGGCCUGUCUAAGUGAUCUCUGGGUGGUGAGCACCAGCGUCGGAGGAGCAUGGAUGAAUCUGGGUCCCGGGAAUACCACCGAAUGCCUCCCAUCAGGCUGGUCUCCCACCACGUAUUUCUCUCCAGGCAUCUGUCCCAGUGGAUAUGUCAUCGCGACGAGCACGACGGCUUCUGUGAAUGACGCCGUGGAAACCAUCGCCACAUGCUGUCCGGUAGACUCGGAUAACACGUACUCGGUGCGACCUGCAAGCACUGCAUCGACAUUACAAGCAUGGCAGAGCCUGAUGCACAUGAGCGAGAUCUGCCAAUGGUCCCCCGGGGCGAACGUGCAAACAGCCUUCAAUUAUACAUAUUCCAGCUCCGGCUCCGUCGUCACCGCCACCACCUCGUUAGACAGCAGCGGCCUGAUCAACGCUUAUGGAGUCGAGAUCCGGUGGCAGUCGUCGGAUUUUGCCUCGUCGACGGCAGUGACUACAACGGCUACAGCUACAACUACAGCAACUACCGCACAAUCUCCCUCACAAGCAUCAGCUACAUCGACAUCGACAUCGUCAUCAACAUCGACAUCAAAGUCCUCCUCGGGAUUGUCAAAUGGAGCAAAAAUAGGGGUCGGGGUAGGUGUCGCCAUAGGAGGUGUCUUGGUGAUCAGUCUGGUGGUCGCUUGGUUCCUCUAUCGGAAAAGACAAAAAGGCCGGAAUGCAUCGAGUGAAUUGCCCACCGUGUCGGAUAAAGGGACCGCGAAGAAUGAAGGAGUUCCGGUUGAGCUCGGGGGGGUGUCUUAUCAUGAGAUGGAAUCAUAAUAAUAGUAUGACAAUAUAUUAAUCUCUCUGUAUAGAGUUGGACUGAGAAUUAAGUUAAUGAUUGCACCCUCAUGGUAUAAUCCACUAUCCUGG